AUGAAUGCAUUUGUCAGAAAGUUGGGUAAAGUUGACCGUGUGCACAUCGAAAAAGAAACCAGAGACCAGGCUAGUAGUGAGUUAUGGAAGCGGGAAAGACUAUCGAGGCUAACAGGUAGUAAUUUUGGGCGGGUGUGUAAAAUGCGUCAAAAUACAAGUUGUAAAAAAACAGUCCAUUCAAUAUUGUAUUCUAAUUUCACAUCCAGCGCAGUACAAUUUGGCAAAGAUAUGGAACAAAUUGCAAUAAACAAGUUCGAAGAAAUGUCUGGUUUUCAAGUAAAGCCUUGUGGAUUGCACAUUGAUGAAGAAUACCCGUACCUUGCCGCUAGUCCAGAUGGAGUCAUUGACAACGAUAGGCUAAUUGAAGUUAAAGCUCCUUAUGCGGCUAGAAAUACAAUAAAUUAUAUUCAAGCAGUAGAAACUGGAAAACUGAAAUAUUGUACGGUCGAAAACGGAAAACUAAAAUUAAAAAAUAACAACAUCUAUUACUAUCAGGUACAAGGACAGUUACAUAUCACGAAAAGAAAAUUGUGUUUUUUUAUUGUAUACUCUCCUCAAUGGAUUUCUGUGGAAGAAAUAAGUUAUAAUAAUAACUUUUGGACUUCUAAUAUGGAAGAUAAAUUACAAUCAUUUUACUGGAAUUGCUUACUGCCGGAAAUCGUGGAUCCAGCAUUUAAACAUCGACUGUUAAUUUCUGACAUACGAGAUCCAAAAACAUCUACCGUUAAAACUCCUAAAGCAAAAAAGAAAUUGUUCUCAUAA